AUGAAGCUAUGUGGCACGGUGGUGAGCAGCACUUUUGCCGUCUUCUUGGUUCUGCACCCGGGUCUGAUCGCCAUUAUGGGUCAGCAAAACGAACUACAGAUUGGGGUGGCAGGCCAGACGGUGAUCCUGAACUGCAAAGGCAUACCUCAUAACUCAGGUGUGACCUGGAAGUACUAUAAAGUUGUUAUAAGGAAGUUUAUAAUGAGCAAUUUGAAAGGUAAAGCUACCAUGACUGAUCGAUCUGAAAUCAGCUCCAACAGUAAACACCUGAAAGUGUUCAACUUAAGGCUUUCCGAUGCUGGAAUCUACACCUGUGAAUAUGACUCCCACACAGUCAGUAUCUCACUGCAUGUCUUUGAAUUGACGAUUUCUUUAGGUGGGCACUUUCUGCCAAAUGAAGUUCCCCAGCUGACUUUAGUGCAAAAUUCAUCCCAACCUCUACCUGAUCUCAACAUCGCAUUGUUUGACAGUAACAACAACGCAGUAAGACCAAAACCCUUACCAAAGAAUACUCGUCAAAAAUACAUACUGGAGUUAAAGGAACUGGAGGCUACGGACAGUGGGCCCUGGAUGUGUCACAUCCAUUCUGACUCUCCAUUGAUUAAUCACAACAUCACCUUUGAUGUGAAGGUAUUAGGUUUUCAGAAUCCAGGCUUGGAAAGGAAGUAUGCAACUGUUGAUAGCACUGUCAUCUUGUCGUGGCAUCUGAAUUUUCAGAAGAUAAAAUGGAAAAAAGGUUUCACAGGACAACUGAAAUGGAAACAACAGGAAAGUACAACCACUCAUGAGCUUCUUGAUUUCAAUGUCACAGCACGGGGAGAGAAGCAUGAGACCAAAAAAAGCAGCCACUUUCGGUUUGAGAUACCUGAAAGCAAACCUGAAAACACCAUAAACGUGAAACUCCCCAAAGUCCAUUUCAACCAUUCUGGGCAGUACCAGUGCCAGCUGGCAUACAACGGAAGAGACACACACAGCAGGAUAGAGCUGGUGGUGAUGAAAGUCUCAGCUAACCCUGUUGGGCCGCUCUCCAGAGGGGCCAAGAUGACCCUGACCUGCCAGGUGUCUAGUCCACUCCCACCCAAUGCCCACUUGCGCUGGGAACGUGUGAAUGGGACUCAGAUGGACAUCAAGAUGUCAAAGAAGAAUGAAGCAAAGGUGGAGGUGAAUGUCAGUGCUGCAGGGCUGUGGAACUGUCACCUCAUAGAAGGCAAUGAGAUGAAGAUCAGCCUUAAUUACCCCGUGGAGGAAGCUCCUGUUUGGAUCAGCUAUGUGGUAAUCGGAACAAGUAUUGCAGGCAGCGUGUUGGUGUUUGGCCUAGCGUGCCUGUGCAUCAUCAGUGGCAUAAGCUGGCAACGGAGAAGGCAACGGGCAAAAAGGAUGGUACGAGCAAGACAAUAUUUGCUGGAAAACAAGACAUGUCAGUGUCAACAAUGCACAGACUGCCCUGAUUGA